AUGGGUGUCCUAGAGCCAGGCCCGGCAGAGAGCUCACUGUCCGCUGGCCCAGACAAGCUACUAAAGUGCCGCUCUCUCUUGUUGCAGGGUCGCCCACCUCCUCAUGCCCUUAGUGAGCAGCUGCUGGGCCAUGGCCUGAAAUGUCCUAUCUGCCAGAAGGAAUUCAAAGUGUUGGGCUCACUCAAGCGGCACUACCGCAGUCACAUAAACUUUAAGCCCUACAUAUGUGACAUAUGUGGGAAACGUUUCACUUUGAAUCAGUACUUGAUAGAGCACAGACGGACACACACCGGGGAGAGACCGUACACAUGCCAUGUGUGUGGCAAGAGCUUUGCUCAAACGGGCACACUCUACCAUCAUGUGCGCAAUGUUCACCAAGUGAGCUGGACUGAAAAACAACAGGACAAGAGCUAG